GUAGAGAUGAUUAUACAGGGAGGUGACAGCAGUGAAAGCUCGAUGUGAUUCCCACGUUAAUGGAUCGUAACUGCAGGAUCUGAUCGAUUUGAUCACAAGAUGUUCACCCUCACCGAAGUGGCCUCGCUGAACGACGUCCAGCCGACCUAUCGGAUACUGAAGCCGUGGUGGGACGUCUUCAUGGACUACCUCGGACUGGUCAUGCUGAUGUUGGCGGUCUUCGCCGGGACUAUGCAGUUGACCAAAGACCACGUGGCGUGUCUUCCCGUUCUGGACGAGAGAAACGACGAUCCGAAUGUGAACUCUCACGCGGCAUCAACCGGAGCACCCGCGACGACACUGGGUGCGGCGCCCACGGCUACUCCCGAUCUCCCCGAAAGCACAGUGCGGGAAAUAGUCGCCCCUGAAUCCCAACCUGAACCCAAGGGCCGGAAAACAAACCUGGACUUCCAGCAGUACGUUUUCAUCAACCAGAUUUGCUACCACGUGGCCCUGCCAUGGUACUCCAAGUACUUCCCGUACCUCGUCCUGAUACACAGCAUCGUGCUGAUGGUCAGCAGCAACUUCUGGUUCAAAUACCCCAAAACCAGCUCGAAAAUCGAGCACUUCGUGUCCAUCCUCGGCAGGUGUUUCGAGUCUCCCUGGACCACGAAGGCGCUGUCUGAGACGGCCUGCGAGGACUCCGAGGAAAACAAGCAGCGACUCAUAGCCGGACAGGCCGGACCUAAACACUCGUCGUCGGAAAACCCAGAGGACAGCGGCGUCCCAUCCACGCCCAUGCUGGGCAGCAACAGUGUGAAGUUCUCCGCAGAGAAGAUCAUCUCCAAAGGGCCGAGCAUGACCAUUUUGGACAAAAAGGACGGCGAGCAGGCCAAGGCGCUUUUCGAGAAGGUCCGGACCUUUCGGGCUCACGUAGAAGACAGCGAAUUCAUUUACAACCUCUACGUGGCGCAGACGAUCAUCAAAGCCCUGAAGCUAGUCGUCAUCCUGGGCUACACCUCAACAUUCGCUGCGUCCAUCAAUUUUUCCUACGUAUGCCAACCCAAGAUAGAACAUCUAACAGGGUAUGAUAGGUUCUUCUGCACCCACAACAUGGCCUUCAUGCUGAGCAAGCUCCUGUACACGUUCAUGACUCUGAUCGGAAUCUACGGUCUGGUGUGUCUGUACGCUCUCUUCUGGCUCUUCCGGCGGCCGCUGAAGGAAUACUCGUUCGAAAAGGUCCGAGAGGAGAGCAGCUUCAGCGACAUCCCCGACGUCAAGAACGACUUCGCCUUCCUCCUGCACAUGGUCGACCAGUACGACCAGCUACACUCCAAGCGCUUCGGCAUCUUCCUUUCCGAAGUCAGUGAGAACAAGCUGCGGGAAAUCAGCCUCAACCACGAAUGGACACUGGAGAAGCUCCGUGGGCACGUCGUCGGCAACUCCCAGGACAAGCAAGAGCUGCAGCUGUUCAUGCUCUCGGGACUUCCAAACGCCGUGUUCGACCUCACCGAGCUGGAGGUCCUGAAACUAGAGCUCAUUCCCGAGGUCAGGAUUUCCGCCAAGGUUUCACAGAUGACCAACCUGCAGGAACUUCACCUGUACCACUGUCCCGCCAAGGUGGAGCAGACAGCCUUCACCUUCCUGCGAGAGCAUCUCCGCUGCCUUCACGUCAAGUUCACAGACGUCGCCGAAAUUCCACCUUGGGUUUACCUGUUGAAGAGCCUCCGUGAGCUCUACCUGAUCGGUAAUUUGAACUCGGAACACAACAAGAUGAUCGGUCUGGAAUCCCUGAAGGACUUGAGACACCUGAAGACCUUGUACCUCAAAAGCAACCUCAACAAACUUCCAACCAACCUCGCGGAUCUCUCGACGCACCUCAUCAAACUGGUGGUGCACAACGACGGGACGAGGUUACUGGUCCUCAACAGCCUAAAGAAAAUGGUCAGCCUGCGUGAGCUGGACCUCCACAACUGCGACCUGGAAAGAAUCCCUCACGCCAUCUUUAGCUUGACCAACCUGCAAGAACUCGACCUGAAAUCCAACAGCUUUCGCACCAUCGAGGAGAUCAUGAGCUUCCAGCACCUGAAGAGGCUGACCUGCCUCAAACUGUGGCACAACAAGAUCAUCGCCAUCCCGCACAACAUAAGCCAGGUGAAGAACCUCGAGUCGCUCUGCCUUUCCUACAACAAGAUGGAGGUUCUGCCGGCGUCUUUGUUCUAUCUUCCCAAGCUCAGGUACCUGGAGCUCAGCCACAAUUCCAUCUCAUCCAUCCCGGUCGAGGUGGGACUCCUGCAGAACCUCCAACACUUCGCGAUCACCGGGAAUAAACUGGAGGUUCUUCCAAAACAGUUGUUCAGAUGCACCAAACUCAAGGUUUUAUGCCUGGGGAACAACUGCAUCACCGUCAUGCCCGAGUCCGUCGGACAGCUGACGCAACUGGUUUAUCUGGAGCUGAAGGGGAACUGCUUAGACCAGCUUCCAUCCCAGCUCAGCCAGUGUCGGCAUCUUCAGAAGAGCUCGUUCCUGGUGGAGGAACAUCUUUUCGACACGUUACCGCUCGAGGUCAAAGAGAACAUGAGUCAAGAUCAUCACACGUCCUUCACCGCCGUCCAGUAACUUCUGGCACUUGGAGCUUCACCUGGACAAUCGUUGUGGAACUCAGAUUCUUCUGGACUUCGUUGAUCUGCCGUAUCGUUCCUACAGAAGCGUCCUGUAUUUUCUCAGCGUGUUUUCUUUCAGUUUAGACGUAGCCAGUUCUCACUCACAAGUCUUCCCUACUGCACGACUGCCAUAGUCAAAGGUUUACAUAUGCUACCCAGAAGACCACGACCGCGACGCUGAACCAUGUGACGCUUUUUAUUCCUCUUAUUAUUAGAAGCUGCUGUAAAUGGUGAAGCUGUUCACAGUCAAUCAGGCUUUAAAUCUGCAUGAGCUGAAAGCUUCUGAUGCAACAAAGAAGCUCCAAAGCUGAACGAAGUUUAUUUGUUUGUUACUAAUCACAUGGACGAGAAAGCAGACGACUGUGAAGCUCGCUUGACUGUGGACAGACACACUUGUGCUUCAGCGGCUUCUGAUUAACCCAAGCCGUCCUGUUUUUAAUGAGUCUGGAAUUAAAUCUGACCAGCAAUUGUGCAAACGCAGGAUGAAAGCUGGUCACAUGGGUGCUUUGGGUCACUGUCUUAAGUAAUUUUGCAUGUUCUUCGAAUCGCCCAUGUGAUUUUUAUUCCUUGUCUUCAAAACAUGCAGAAAUUGGCUGCACUUAAGCGCCACUAGAUGUGAACAAGUAAGUGUUUUGCCCUGUAACGGACUAGCACGCUUUCCAGGGUGUAUCCCCCACCCACUGUGACCCUGACCUGGUUGAAGUGGUUAGUGUAAUGAAUGAAUGAAUGACUAUAGUGUCUUCACAUCUCCGUAUCCUGUCCGGUCUCUGGUCAGCGCAGGGAUGAAGGGAUACUUAAAUACGUUCCUAAUGAACUGGACAGAGGGUAAAAACACACUACAGACAAUCCCACUUCCAAAAAAAGUUGGGACAGUGGGUGAAACACAAAUAAAGACAGGACAAAAUGAUUUGUAACCUGUCUUGUAUGAGUCAAGGUUCACUGGACGUACGAACGCCUGUACAACUGUGUGAAUAAAUAUUACAUGAAUAUAAAA